AUGGCUUCUUCGUCGUCUUCUCCUACUCAAGAAAAGUACGAUGUCUUUCUUAGUUUUAGAGGUGAGGAUACUCGCAAAGGUUUUACCAGCCACCUCCAUGCUGCUUUGUGUCGAACAAAGAUUAAAACUUUCAUCGAUGAUGAACUUAAAAGAGGAGAUGAGAUUUCACUCUCUCUUUUGAAGGCAAUUGAAGGAUCAAAGAUUUCAAUUGUCAUUUUCUCUAAACACUAUGCUUCUUCUCGAUGGUGCCUCGAUGAACUCGUGAAGAUCAUGGAUUGCAACAAGAUGCAUGGUCAGAUUGUGAUUCCAGUUUUCUAUCAUGUAAAUCCAUCAGAUGUAAGGAAGCAAACCGGGACUUAUGGAGAUGCUUUUACUGAGCAUGAAGUACGAUGCCGGCAGAGCGAAGAGGUGUUGCAGAGAUGCAGGAGUGCUUUGACGGACGCAACCAAUCUAUCUGGCUUUGAUUCAAAUGUCGUUAGGCUUGAAUCAAAACUUAUAGAGAAAAUUGUUCAAGAUAUCUUGAAGAGAUUGAAGAAUAUGUCUUCUAGUAAUAACGAGAACUUGGUUGGAAUAGCAAGGAAGAUCCAGAAAGUUAAAUCUUUAUUGCCUAUUGGGACGAAUGAAGUAUGCCAGGUAGGAAUUUGGGGUAUGGGUGGUAUAGGCAAAACAACUCUUGCUAAAGCAGUUUUCAACGACAUCUCAAGUCAAUUUGAAGCUUCUUAUUUCAUUCAAAAUGUUAGGGAAGCAUCGGAAAAAGGUGAACUAAGUCACUUGCGAAAAGAACUUCUUUCUACAAUAUUAGAGGAUGAACACCCCAAUAUAAUGGAUGCUUCCACAAUAGAAAGACUUCGAAGGAUAAAGGUUCUCUUUGUUUUUGAUGAUGUAACACAUUUAAAUCAAAUAAAUGAAUUAAUUGGAGGCCUUGAAAACUUGGGUUUAGGAAGUCAAAUCAUUAUAACAACGAGAGAUAAACAAGUGCUUGAAAGUUGUAGGGUGGAUAAUGCUACCAUAUAUGAGGUCAAAGGAUUAUAUAGUGGUGAAUCUUUUUGCCUUUUUAGCCAACGUGCCUUCAAAAAAAACUAUCCCAUUGAAGAAGAUUAUAUGGCGCUAUCAAAAAGAGUAAUAAAUUAUGCUAAAGGUGUGCCAUUAGCUCUUGAAGUCUUAGGUUCUUUCCUACGUGGUAGGAAAAAACAUGAAUGGGAAAGUACAUUGGAAAAAUUAAAAAUUUGUCCACACCAAGAUAUCCAAUCAGUGUUAAAGAUAAGUUAUGACGGAUUGGAUGAUGAAGAGAAAAAAAUAUUUUUAGAUGUUGCAUGCUUCUUUAAUGGAUGGGAUGAACAUCUAGUUCGUAAAUUCUCUUCAAGUAUUGGAUUAAGGGUACUUAUUGAUAAGGCUCUCAUAACUAUUUCACGGGAAACCAUAAGAGUACAUGAUUUACUUCAAGAAAUGGGCAAGGAAAUUGUUCAGAAAGAAUCCGUAGAUGAACCGGGCCGACGUAGUCGAUUGUGGCGUGAUAAUGAUGUCUACGGUGUACUAAAAAAGAAUAAGGGAACUGAUAAAAUACGAGGCCUUUGCUUUAAUAUAUCUACAAUGAGAGAGUUACACUUAUAUCCUCAUGCUUUCUCAGAGAUGGAUUAUCUAAGAUACUUGAUAGUAAAUACAAGCAGCAAUAGUAAUGUGCAUGGUUUUGAAGGCAUCGAAUUUGAUUUCACAGAGUUGAGAUGCCUGUUUUGGGAUUCUUACCCUUUCACAUCGUUGCCUUUGAAAUUUGAUCCUCAGAACCUUGUUGUACUUAGGAUGCGUAAAAGCAAUCUUGAACAACUAUGGUCUGGUAUCAAGGAUCUUGCUAAUAUAAAAUAUAUUGACCUAAGUUACUCAGAACAUCUACUUAAAGUCCCAGACCUCUCGGAGGCUCAAAAUCUGGAGUGCUUGAUUUUAGAAGAUUGUACAAGUUUGUUUGAGAUCACUCCUCCAACUCGGGAUCUCAAUAAACUUGUUAAUUUGAAUCUAAGAAAUUGCAAAAGCCUUAGCAGUCUGCCAAAUGGAAUUCAAUCAAAGUCUUUAAGAGAGGUUAUUCUCUCUGGCUGUUCCAGUCUCAACACUGCUCCAAGGAUCUCAUGUAAUAUGGAGCGAUUGUGUUUAGAUGGAACUGCAAUAAAAGAAUUAUCUUCUUCCAUCGAUUAUCCUUCGAGGCUAGUUGAACUGAAUCUUAAAGGUUGUUCAAGGCUUGAAAGUCUUCCAAGCAGCGUUUGUAAUUUGAAUUCCCUUAGACAGCUUAAUCUUUCUGAUGGAACUGCGAUAAAAGAGUUGUCUUCAUCAAUUGAGAAUGCAUCCAGUCUAGUAAGAUUGAAUCUAAAAAAUUGUUCAAGCCUUGAGAGUCUUCCAAACGGCGUUUGUAAAUUGAAUUCUCUGAAAUGUCUUUGUAUCUCUGGUUGUUUGAAGCUUGAUAGAUUGCCCGAAGACAUAGGAAAUUUAGAAAGUUUGGAAGUGCUAGAAGCUAAUGGAAUUCCUUUAAGAGAAGUACCAUCAUCUCUGGGACGUUUGAAGAAUCUUCAUCAUUUAUCGUUUGAGAGAUGUAAGAGUCAAGAGCUGAAGUCUCUAUCGCCUAUUUUACCAGGUUUUCUAUUUCUAAGGAGAUUAAAUUUAAAUCACUGCAGUCUUACAGAGUUACCCAAUAAUCUUGGACAUUUGUCCUUCCUCACAGAUUUAAAAUUAGAUGGAAACAAUUUUGAGAGUGUACCGACAAGCAUCAUUAACCUUUCUGCUUUAAAUCUACUUAGCAUAAGGUUUUGUAAUAGGCUUCAAUCCUUACCAAAGCUUCCAUGUAAUAUGCAAGAAGUAAAGGCAGAUGGCUGCAAAUUGCUGAAAGUAUUAUCUGGUAUGAAAGGUCCGAGUGAUGGAUAUUACUACGGGGAACUUAGCUUCAUCAAUUGCUUCAAUCUAGAUUGGAAUGCAGUCAGAAUGGUUUUGAAAGGUGCUCUGAUGGAAGUUGAAAAGCUAAGAAUUGGCGAAGAUUAUGUGGUUAGGCGGUCUAUAAAAGAAAGAGCUGGCAGAGCUGGCAGAGGUUAUAUGGUUUUCCCUGGAAGUGAAAUUCCAAAGAGAAAAGAAAGAGCUGGCAGAGCUGGCAGAGGUUAUAUGGUUUUCCCUGGAAGUGAAAUUCCAAAGUGGUUUAACAUUCAAAGUAAUGGAUCCUGCAUUGAGCUGCUACCACGUGUUCGUGGGACAAUGCCUUAUAAGCUUCUUGGUUUUGUCUUUUGUGCCAUCGUCGGAAUUCCAAAAAACCAUUGCGGUUUAUCGACUGUUGGGUAUGUGUUCCGUCUGCCAUUCCAAAAUCGCAGCGAGCCACUUGAUAGUGCCCAAUUUAACAUUGGACAUAUUAAGUCGGAUCACUUAUUCGUGGGAUAUAGUUUCGGUAUAUCUGGAUUUUCUCGAUGGACUGGUACUGCGGAGGCCAUCAUCAAUUUCUACAGUCCAAACGAUCUAAUAAUAAAGAAGUGUGGGGUCCGUUUAUUUGUCGGUGAACAGUUCCUUUCCCUAGACAAAAUACGAGGUCAUGUGUUGGACAAUGUUCUGAGAAUCGGACCGGACCGUUCGAUCGGACUGAAGUGGAUUAAACCGUUGUCGAGCCGCUGGAAUACUGUAGUGUUGCAAUCCAAUCGCAGUCUAAUCGCUGCUCAAUCUUGCCGGAUUCCGGCAUCGUUCGACGUAUAA